AAAUAAAAGCAAGUUGAUCUAAGAAAGAACACAGAAACAGCUAACCAGCUGGUCAAGGCUGGUGACUCUCCAUAACCCUCACGUGCUCAAUCCUCAAUUCAUUAUUCUUGCAUAUUCUUGCCUCAUUCAUUACCAUCUCUUAUAUAUCUCAAACCCCCAAAAUCUCAACAUCUCAAUCCCAAGACCCAACUCCGUCAGUUUUGUAAACUCAUCACCAAUGUCAGAUCCUAACCAAGACGUAAACGCCAAUGCAGCAGGCGCCUCUGCUGCUCUCAGUGGGCAGAUUACAGUAGCAGCGUUCGUCUUAAUCUUCUGCCUCUUCAUCGCAAUCCUCAUUCUGUACCUCAAAGCCAAAGGAUAUUCAGGCACCACUGGCUCGUUCAGCUCUCGUCGCCAUCGCCUCAGCUUCGCUACUCAUCAACCGACUCACCCUCGACUUGCUCUCGAUCCAUCAAUCCUCAAUUCUCUCCCAAUCACAACCUUUAACUCAAAGAAUUUCAAUGAAGAAGAAGAUUGCAUCGAAUGCGCGGUUUGUCUCUGCGAGUUAUCCGAUGGUGAAGAGGUUCGAUUGCUUCCCAAAUGCAACCAUGUGUUUCAUGUUGAAUGCAUUGAUAUGUGGUUCCAUUCGAACAACACCUGCCCUCUAUGUCGAAGCCUUGUUGAAGCUCAUGCUAACGAAAAAGUAGUAGAGAUUGCAGUUGAGACUCAAGGGGAGAAUUCAGUAAAUAAAUCGAAUGAAGAAGGGAGUUCGAGUUAUAUGGGAUCUUUCCCCCCUCCCCCAUCUUCGUCUUCGAGGAAGAGAAAGGAAGGUAUGUUGAUGAUUGAUAUACCGUCACGAGCAAACGGUGCGUUCUCAUCAUCGAAUGCUCCAUUGUCGUCGAGUAGAGUGCCAUCGGAUUCGCCAUUGCCAACUAGUAGGUUGUUGGAGGAGAUUAAGUCUCCUGUGAUGGGAAGGAUGAAGUCGUUGAAGAGAAUGUUGAGCAGAGGGAGGAUGAGUUUUAAGGGGGUUGGUACUUCUUAUACUUCUAUGGGAAGUGAUAUUGAGCAGGGGGGAGUCUCAGAUUAUAAAUGCAGAUAAUUGCUGAAUUGUUGUAGGGGAGUUCAUUUUUUGUUGAAAAUAUGAAGUAUGUGAAUAUGUCAUCUUGAAAUUCAUUGGUUUUUAAGUUUGGGAAAUGUACCAGAUCUGUGCUCUUUGAGAAUGCAUCUGAGUACGCUUUUGAUCGUAAAUUUUGGUAAUAUUUGAUAAA